AUGCCUAGAUUCGCGUUUGGCAAGCGGAAGUCAACCGCAGAGAGCGAAAAUGACAUAGCAGCACCAUCGUUCCGCGUCCUAGAUCGUUCCGAGGUGGCUGAGGGCAACGGCAAGUCUUUUGACGGCGGUGUCCGGUUGUCAGCAAAAACGCAUACUCUCCCGAAAACAACAGUGUCGGAUCUUAUGGUCGAUGACAACAUCUUCGCCGACUUCAAGCCCAAGAACCGUGGCAGCGGAUCAUCCAACACCACUAAGACCAACUCGACCGACAACUCUUCUCGACACAGCGCUGCAUCAACCGCUCCAUCAUCUGCAGACUUGAAUGGUCAAGACGAUUGGAGAUUGCCCAACAAGAGGUCCCUCACAGACGCACCUCAACAACCGCUACCCAAGCCAGGUCCAUCGGGUUUCCUCAAAUCGGCUGGACGGUCUUGGUCGUUCGGGGCUUCAAAGAAACAAUUGCCAUCUGUGCCUGCUGGGGACGAAGACGUGCCGAUCACUCCUGCGGUACCCGAGCAGUACAAGAGCGGUAGGGCUAGGGCGACGACCGGCUCGACGGACGCCACGAUAACGCCUCACAAAGUAGAUCAAGACAUCAGUCUCGACCUCGGUGGAAGCUUCAGCAAAAUGCUACUCGGGUUUGACAAGAGAUCCAGCGUCAUGACACUAAAGGACGAGAACGGGCGGCAGGUUUUACAACCUCCUGCCGCCGCCGGCGGUCGCCUCAAUGCACCCUCGCCUAUUCAUAUUGAUCACACAUCUAAAGUCGAGGCUCCUCCGCAUUCCUGGGCCAGCCACCACUCCAACGAUAAUCUCCUGAUGGGCAGCCCCCGCAUCCCGUCACCUGCAAAAGAAAACACGCCUCCACCAGUCCCAAUACAUGGGGAACCCCAGUCUAGUCGACCUCGAGGUCCCAGCCAUUCCAACUCUGACAACAUUCUCAAAAGAACUAGCGCGAUUUUUAGCGGGCGCAGAAAGUCCAUCAACAACACUUUGGAAACAGUCGAGGGAGAUGACUUGAACACUUCCCUCUUGGCUGUGAGUCGGUUUAUGUCCGAUGCCAACAGCAGAAGCCAGACUCCGGUCGAGGUUGUCGGUGGGCGUUACAGAAGGAACGAAGACACGUCUGGUCCCGGGUACCGCGUUGUGUCUCCACCAACAGUACCGUCCAAGUUGGAAUCAGUCGACGACGACGACAACAUGUUCGACAACGUUCCCCUGAACAGUGAAAGAUUUAAUACUCCGCGUCAGCCAGCACAAAAGCCAGUCCAAAAGCCAGCUGAGACUCCAGCGAAAAACAAGACGAUGACGGUCUCUGAAUUUGAGAAGUAUCGAAAGGACAAGGAGGUUGAGGACAGGCGCGCGGAAGUGGAAAAGGCUAGAGAAGAGGUCGAUGAUGAAGAGGACGAGGACGAGAUCAACUACGACGACGACGAAGAUGAAGCGGAAAAGUCGAAGCAACUCGCCAAGCAACGAAGAAAGCAAGAGGCACAUAUGACCGUCUACCGCCAGCAGAUGAUGAAGGUUACCGGCGAGUCUGCAGAACCGGGCCCCUCGCGGCCCGGUAUGCAGAUGUCUUUGAGCACGCCGAACCUUGUCGUCCCGGAUGCUUCAAGGAACUCUUCGUCUGAGGUCUCUGAGGACGACGAGGAAGUCCCCUUGGCCAUUCUCGCAGCCCACGGCUUCCCCAACAAGAACCGGCCUCCGACUCGCCUUACGCAAAUGAUGUCGAACCCGAACCUGCGACAAGCCGCUCAGCCAAGCUUUCAAAGGCCAGGCUCGGCAGCAGGACAUGCUCAGACGGCCAGCGGGUCCCUGCCUCCUUUUGCCAGAGGCCUGCCACAGGACCCGUACGGCUUGGUAAAUGCUCCACCUCGGGAGAGCUUUGCACUGGGCGGUGGCGUUCCGGCAGGCCAGAACUCACCUGUGCCACCCGGUGGUCUCGUCGGUGUCAUCGCCAAUGAGGAGCGGUCGCGAGCUCUGAGGCGCGGCAGUCCUCAGGUUCCCCAAAUGGACAAUUACCAGGGCAUGCAGCAAGCAGGCCCAGGCGGCUUCGAUCCUGUUCAUGGCAUCCCUCCACAAAUGAUGUACCCCCAGCAAAUGCCAAUGCUUUCGCCGGGCGAACAGGCACAACUGCAGCUGAAUCAGCAGAUGUCCCAGUUCAUGCAGAUGCAAAUGCAGUUCAUGCAAAUGAUGGCCGGCGGCGGCAACAACAACAUAAACAACAAUGUCGGCAAUGGACCGCCUCGAUCCGCCGGUCACAUGGGUAGCAACUCGAUGGGUGCAAUGCAAGGAAUGGGCAGUCCGGGCGCAGCAAUGGGGAUGCCCAUGGGUAUGGACAUGAACGCAGGUGCACGCGGCUCCUUCCUGGAGAUGCCGAUGAUGGAUCAAUCUAUGGGUGACAUGCACGGCCGGACUAUGAGCUUGGUCCAGCCAAGCUCUUCUUCAUGGCUCCAGCCCCCUCAGCCGGGGUAUGCAGGAUCGAUCCGUCAGCAGGGCAACGGUUACACACCAUCUAUUGCACCAUCCGAGCGCAGUAAUGUCGGUCUACCUGGCCGGUAUCGCCCGGUCUCACAGAUGCCACCUGGCCCAGGCACACCUGACCACACCCGGAAAUCCUCCAUGAUGGGCUCAACUCUCAGUCCUUAUAGCGACUCGCAGACCUUGAAACCCGAUGACAGGGCUUCAACGAAGAAGUCAGAAGCAAGCAAGUCAGCAGGUGAAGAUCCAGACGAUGACGAUGAGGAGGGCUGGGCGGCCAUGAAGGCCAAGAGAGACAAGAAAAAGUCUUCUUGGAAAACGAGAAAGACAUUGGCACCGGGCGGGAUUGACAUUGGCUCUCUCAUCACGUAA